AUGAUCCAGAGCACGAAGAAAAAGAGGAGACCAAAUAUUAUAGUUACACAAAAGAAGAGCGAGUUUCGUCGUCCGUGGCUGUCAACGACCGAUGUAAUGAAUCUUAAAAAUGAGAUUAAAAGAAUAAAGGAAGAGAAUGAGUUUCAUAAGGAAGAGAAUGAGUUUCAUAAGGAGCAGUUGAAACAGAAAGAUACUGUUUGUGAUGAAGUAAUGAAGUUGAGGGUAGAAAUAGAAAAACUAAGGGAAGAGAAUGAGGUACAGAAGGUACAAUUGAAGCAAAAAGAUGAAGAGAAAAUAGAGGUGAUUAAACAACUGAGUUUGGCAGUAGAUUUGUUGAAGCAAGAUAAUGUGAGCAUGAGAAGCUUCAUUGCUAAAGAGUCUACUAAGAAAUGGAAAUUUCCAUUUGAGUUCAGCAAGUUUGGUGGAACAUUUUCUGUGAAAUUGUUUAAUGGGACUCCAAGGAAUCAGCCUAGUGUUGAGCUCUCAACAAGACGCGGUUAA